CCUGCAUUGCAAGUGUUUUCAAGGUUGCAUUUAAUCACGUACAGGAUAGAUAGGACAUGCAAUGAAUGCAAGGUUUAAAAAAACAGCAGGUGCUUUUUGGAAUGUUGUCCCACCCAAGAAGAUAUUCACAUAUUGUUCUACAUUCUCAAGCCAACAGGAUCCAUGGUAAUAUUGCAGCCACCAGUGCGAGCAUUGUAAACGUGGACAGCAGCACCAGCAGACACCGAGCAGUGGUGCACACUCUGUACCUACGCCUGCGAUGUGGAUGCACCACAGUCAUCACCAUGCUGAAGGCGUCCUCCUCAGUCAUGGGUCUCCCUUGGGCGCUUAUGAUGAAGAUCUGGGAGGCGCUGUGACACGGCCUGAUAAGUCUCUGCCGACGGAAGCGUUCUGAAACCCCAUGAAAACAGUUCCUAAUCCACCUGACUCCUGUGGGUGACGCUGGUGUCUCCUGAAACUGGACCAGUGGUGGCUGCAGCGUCAUCAUGGGGACUUCCAGGGUCUGUCCUCCUCCUCCAUCCUCAGGGUCCCCUUUCCUCUCCGUCAAGGUUUUGCACGUUCAUGAGAAUCAAGUGGUGUCCCAAUUCUCCUUAAAUCAAGGUGUAAGGGGUAAGUGCUAAGUGAUGUACAGCCCUAGAAACCAAGUGCGGUCGAGGACCAGACUUGAAAGGUAGGGGUAGGCGGAGCCUACUCAGAUACAACAAUACACAAUGCAAAAACUACAUUUCAGGAAAGUAAAAAAAAAAAUUCAUUUUAAGCAACCAUUCCUUAUUUUUUUCCCAAAAAGAAAAAAAUAUCUCUUGAAAUUUUCACCUGAGAAAAAUAAUCUUAUAUUAAGAAAAUAUAGCUAACCAAUUCUUAUGAAGAUAUUUUGUGCCAAAAAUUUGUUCUUUUUUCUAAUAACAAGCUAAAAACCUUAUUUGGAUUAUUCUUCAACAACAGAUGAAGAAUAUUUUUCUUAAAUUGAGAAUAAAACUGGUUUCUAAACUUUCUAAAUUUAAGAAUGGACUCACACAUAGAAAAUAUACUGUAGGUAGCUAACAUUUAUUUUCAGGGAAAAUAAUCAUGAAAACAACAAUAACAAUAAACAAUGUAAUGUACUAGAUGCUACUAGAAGGAUGACAGUGCUGACAAUAAAUUUCAUAUUUAGGCUAUAAAUCAUUGGAAAAAUGUCUCAACUCUUCCCUGUUUUAAAUAAAGACUCGAUACUAAACUAUUUUGUGAUGCGAGCACCUUCAUCACAAGAAUGGAGAGGCAACAGUGUGCAGGGAUACGGCGGGAGACAAAACGGCGAGCUAUCAGUGAGAUGUGAUUUUUUUUCCGAGGCAUUUUUGCGGUGCAAAUGUAUUGUAUUACUCUUUUGAACACAUAUUGUUUUGAGAAGCCAAACUCCUUACUCCUAACCCGAGCGACUACCUGGAACUAUGUUCUUCAUCACCGAAAUCUGACCAGAAGUGGUCUUAGGGCACCAAGUGGGGAGUAAGUCGCUUUUGGUGUACUACACCACUGAUGGGGAUGUCAUACAACGACAUGUAAAAAAAAUCCCAACUAUCUCUUUAAGCACAUGGAAUUGCAUGUGUGAAGUGCUAUAAAUAAAUCUGUCUUAGGCUGCUAAUUUGCUUGUAGUCUGUACAAAGUGUCGUGAUUAAGUGACAAUGUCAGCCAUUGGGGAUGCUAUUCAAUAUGUGUGCCAUGUUGGCUUUAUAAACUGGAUAGAUAACCAUCAUCAAAAUCAUCAUAUACACAAAGAAAGGAGAAUUCCACAUCUUCUUGUAGCCUAUGUGACAUCUAUAAGCGACAUAAAAUAAAGCAUGGAAUCCUUAAUAACUGCUACCAACAAAACUAAUCGAGACUCUUUUAUGUUUUUAGUCUCUUGUUCUUUGUUUGUGAAUCAUCCAUUUUGCAUAAUUGGCCUUGGUUUACAUGUUUUUUCAAGGCUUUAAAAAUACAUAUAUUUAAAGUAAAUUCUUUGUGUUUAGUUUUUUUCAUUAAAAAAAAUGUUGGCGCGCGCCGCACUUUGGACAUCCCUGGUUUAUAUAUUUCACAGGGAGGUGGGAGUGUUAACAAAUGAGUGUGUCCAUACUGUGUUUUCGUGGCAAUAAUGGACCCCCGCUACAUGCACAGGCUGGCUGCAGGCUUCCACAGCGCUGCACGCACACUGUGGAUGGUGGAGCUGCGCUGCGGCGGCACUCUUGUGACCGCUUGUUGAUAACAGAGUAAAUGCAUGACUAAAGAAGCACUUCCUUGUUGUCUCUUUUAAUGCGUGCCGCGCUGGAAUUCGGAGCAGAGUUACGAUGCAUUUUUUUUUUAAGUGUUUUUAGGGCAUGAGGGUGGCAACACUACAGUAUAGUAAGUCACAUCGAGCAACUGGCAUUUCUUUGUCUAGUUUGAAUUGACCACCUAAAAUGCUGAUCUGUCGGUCGCCUGAUGCCAGGUAUGUGACGCAGCACGAGCGCUCCUCAUUGGCUGGAAGUCGUAAGAGGGAAAAUCACUGCCUGUUUUUGUCGGGAAAAAAAGAACGUCUCGACUACUUCUUCUUUGGACUGCGAAAAGGGAUUACACAAAGCGAUGAAAGAGGGUGGAAAAAGUUCAAAAGGCUGUGAGUGCGACUACUUCCACAUCAGGACCAGCUAGAAGAACCACAUCUACAACUGGCACAGGAGACUGAAGAAGAUGGAGGAUGAUGUGACCAUCCCUAAGCUGAGGCACCGUAGAUGCCGAAAGAGGUUGGCAUCAGACUUGGUGAUGCUCAGCAGAUUUCUAUGUCACCACCUCCUUUAUAGGAGUCAACACCAUGCACCCUGAUACAUCUUUUCAAACAGCAGUUUGCCAAGCAGCCAGUCACCCGGCAUUGGAGAGGUCUUAUAUACUAAUGUAUACACUGGACCCACUGGUCUACACUGGUCUCUGGACCCACUUCAAGGUCAGCUGGGAAAGGGCAGUGGAACAUCUGAAUCAGCAGAAGCGCAACCAACAAAUAACGUAGAACAUAACUAAAACCAGACACUGCAACCAUGGGGCAACCAACAGGUGGUCCUAACAUGGAUACAGAGAUGAUUCCCAAAUUUUCCUCAAAAGAUGAAGAAGUGGAUUACUGGAAGUCCCAAGCCCUUAAAUAUAAGAAAAGCUGCCAUGACGCCCAGGAGGAGCUUCAGGAGUUCCAGGAGGGGAGUCGAGAGCUAGAGGCCGAGUUGGAGGCACAACUUGGCCAGGCUGAACAUCGGUUGCGAGACCUGCAGACUGAGAAUGAGAGGCUGAAGAAUGAGGUGGACAACCUCAAGGAAAAACUGGAGCAGCAGUAUGCUCAGAGCUACAAGCAGAUUUCUGUGUUGGAGGAUGACCUGGGCCAGACACGAAGCCUCAAGGAGCAGCUCCACAAAUACGUACGUGAGCUUGAGCAAGCCAACGAUGACCUGGAGAGAGCCAAAAGGGCAACAAUUGUGUCACUUGAGGACUUUGAGAGCCGUUUAAACCAAGCCAUCGAGAGAAACGCCUUCUUAGAGAGCGAGCUGGACGAGAAGGAGUCCCUGUUGGUGUCUGUGCAGCGACUCAAAGAUGAAGCGCGGGACCUUAGACAGGAGCUGGCGGUACGAGAGAGGACCACAGACAGGAUGUCGGCGCCCAGCUCGCCCACCUUAGACAUCGACAAGACAGACUCGGCCGUGCAGGCGUCACUGUCAUUGCCAGCUACGCCGGUGGGAAAGAGUGUGGAACAUCCCUUUGGGCCAAAAGGUCAGCUUCAGAUCCAUUUAGUUAUGCAAAAAGUGCAUUUUUAUGUGAACGUGUGCUGCUGUGUUUUCUCAGCAUUGACCAACGGCUGCGGCAACUCAUCCCUCACACCUUCAGGCAGAAUCUCAGCUCUUAACAUUGUUGGUGAUCUGCUCAGAAAAGUUGGGGCUUUGGAAUCCAAACUGGCCGCCUGCAGGAGCUUUGCUAAGGACCAGGCGACAAGACAAAACCUCGCUAUGGGCAACCCUGCCCUCAUCAAGCACAGCACCUACUUUGACAAAAACAGCGCUCUUAAUGGAUUGGACCCCAGCGCUUUGACCUCCAUGACAGCUUCCAGAACUGUGUCUCCACCGGGCCUGCUGAGUGUGUGAGGUGAUGAUGGGACAUAAGAGGACACAUGUCACUGAGUGUGUGCGAGCGAGGGGGUGUUUGCACAAGAGAUGCUCAACAAGACGCUUGAUUCACACUUUUGUGCACUCUUUUCCUCGCACGUAACGGCAUGUGCAGAACGCCGCUCUUUUUACUGCACCUUGUAUGAAUGUUGUUGCCAACGUGUUGCCCCUCGGGGCAGCACACAAUCCUCCCCAACCCCACCACGACAAAAGGUCCCGUAUGACCUCACUACUUCACUUUAUUUGCACAGUUCGGCAAGUUAUUCCCGUUUCGAAUGUAUGAUUUGUUUUUUGUUUGUUUUUUUAAAGGGAUGUGUUCAUAUGUACUAACUAAUCACACCAGUUGCUUUACAGUGCAGUAUUCUGUCGCAUGUGUGCUCACGGAGCAUGCAGAAUGUGUGCCAGGGGCACGGGGCCUGACUGUACGUCCACACUUGACUGAAGUGAAUGUUGAUCGUUCAAAGCCUCAUAGCAAAAGUGCAGUCCUGUCACCCCACCAAGGGUCAAGCUGCCCUUAACUGUGCAUGAAGUGCGUCAUUUUUUUUAAUGCCUUUAAAUAUAGUGACAGUCAUAUUUACCUCAUUUUUAAAGUUGCAGCUGGCUCUUUAAACCGUGCAAGACAACAUAUUUCCUAAUAUACAUUUCCGUCAAGCAGCUAUAGAACACAUUGAACCAAAUGUUCAACAGGUUUCAGCAACCUUUUUAUUGCCCAAAACUGUUGCUUUGGUCCCAAUUUCCCAUCUUUACCAUGACAUUGUUUUUAAUGCUACAAAGUGUUCUUUAGCACAAAGCCUGUUCCUGAAGUGUGUUCCUAGGCUCAGCGUGUACUGUACAAUGCUUGCAAGGAUGGUCGUUUAACCACCUUUUGGACAUUAAGGUUUUUUUUAUUUAUUCCAGAGUAUGUAUGGCAUGUGUUUAAACAGUGUUGCACAGUGGUUAAAGCCAUUGUGGAAUGAUCUUGACGUUUUAAAUAAACAUUGAGAUGAUGAA